AUGAACAUUAGUAUUGAUUGAAACUAUGCUGAACUGGAUUUAGAUGUGGGAAGAGUCACUCUUGGGGAGAAGAAUAGGAAAAAAAUGAAAGAUUGUCAGCUGCGAAAAAAGCAGAAUGAAAACAUAUUACAAGCUAUUAUUGCUUUGCUGAAUUCUGGAGGGGGAAUUAUCAAGGUUGAAAUUGAGGAUGAAAACUACAGUUACUAAAAAGAUGGAAUAGGAUUAGAUGUGGAAAGUUCUAUUGGGAAUAUUCUUCCAUCUGUUCCUAAAUACCUAGACUUUAUGCAGCAAGGUAAAUAUUUUCUAAUCUUUGUCAAAUCAUGCAGCUCAGAAACCUCUGGUUUACAGAUUGUCACCUUGAGGUCGAAUUUGUACAAAAGGGAUAUAACAUGUACAAGUAUCAUGGAUGCUACCGCUACACUGGAGUUCCUCAAAGAAGACAAAACUGGAGGGAGAUUGUAUAGACCUAAAUUGCCUCCAAAGUGGGAUGUAUGAGAAGAGAGUAACAUAGAGGCCUUUGCUGAUCUUUUUUUUUUUAACAGGACACAACUUAGGUGGAAAGAAAACCUCCCCUUUACUGAAUCCACAUAUGUUGAAAUGAAAGCCAACUCAACAGAAAAAUUGUUACAAUGCAUUAAAGAGAUUCUCCCUUAAUAUGUUUCUACAUUUUCAAAUACUAAUGGGGGAUACUUGUUUAUUGGUUUAAAUGAAGAUGAAGCAAUUGGCUUUAAAAGAGGAGUAAAUGAUCUUAACAAGUUAAUUCCAGAAAUAGAAAAAUUCAUUAGGAAGUUGCAUCAUUUCUGUAUGGAGAAGAAGGCGAUAAAUUACUCACAUAAAUUGCUUCAAGUAUAUGAUGAAGGGAAUCUUCGUGGAUAUGUCUGUGCCUUCAAAAUAGAGCCAUUUUGCUGUGCAGUGUUUGCUAAAGAGCCAGAAUCCUAGCAUGUGAAAGACAACCAUGUGUGACAAUUUACCAUGGAGGAAUGGAUUUCCAAGAGAAGGAAGAUUAGAAAGGAUGCUGUGUUGGUGGCACCAGGACAGAGAUAUGUUCCAGAAGCCCUCUACAAGGAACUGUUCUCACAACAAGAAGGACUUGCAGAGUUAAUAUAUAAAGAAAUGGACUCUGUUAGUCAAGGUACAUUGAUCUUUUCGAGGAGCUGGUCUUUGGAUCUGGGCUCGCAAGAGAAUCAGAAUGUAAUCUGUGAUGCUCUUCUAAUUGCCCAGGACCAUCCACUAGUCUUAUAUACUUUAUUCAGGGUACUGAAUAAGGAGUUAAUAGGCUACUCUUUGCAAGCUGCCUUCACUUUAAAGCAUAAGCUGGUAAAAAUUUGUGGUUACACUGGGAAAAUGUGUGUAGUACGAAAGAUCUUCUAUGUGAAUGGAGAACCUUCUACAUUGAUUGAAGACAGUGCAAGCUCUUUUCAUGACAUAAGCUUCCAGAUAUUUUAUCCUAAAUCCUACAAUCUUGAAGAAACUCAAACAGCAAGAAACUUGAAUAAAGUCCUUCAUACAGUCCUGAUGACACAUUUUUGAGUUACCAGUUUAUUUCUGAGAUUUGUCAGCACCUCUUAGAUAACUUGUAUGUAAUAUUUUCAGAGGAAUGACACAAUGAUAUUUAUUUAAAUCUUGUCCAUGUCACACCUGAAUCAUGGCAAUGUUUUUCAUUGUAUAGUCAAUAAUAUCUUUAAUUCUGUAAAAAAUAUGCCUUUGAAAAACUUUGCAAGGUAAGAAACUUGUUGGAAUGUUAGAAAAUCGGGUUCGUUUUUACUUACUUCUUCCUAAAUUUUCUUUAUAGAUGUUACUUAAGGGUUAUUUAGGAACAUUGAUUUGUUAGUCUCUCUGUGCACAGUUGUUAUUUACUCUGUGAAUAGUUCAUGGAUAGAUUUUCUUCCAUUUUUAAAUUGGAAAAAACUUGCAAUAGUUUAUUUUUAAC